GGCUCGGGCAGUUGGCUCGGCGGCAGCGGAGCGGCCGGAGCAGCGGCGCGCGGGGAGCGGCGACGGCAGCAGAGCCAGAGCAACAUGGCGCCGGUGGGCGGGGGUGGGCGCCCGGGCGGCGGGCCGGCCCGAGGGCGCCUCCUCCUGGCGGCACCGGUGCUGCUGGUGCUGCUGUGGGCUCGGGGGGCCCGGGGCCAGAGCAGCCCCCAGCAGGGAGCGAUCGUGGGCAUGAGGCUGGCGAGCUGUAACAAGUCGUGUGGGACGAACCCGGAUGGCAUCAUCUUCGUGUCCGAGGGCAGCACCGUGAACCUGAGGCUGUACGGCUACAGCCUGGGCAACAUCUCCAGCAGCCUGAUCUCUUUCACCGAGGUGGACGACGCCGAGACCGGCCCCAAGUCCACCAACUGUCUCGAGCUCACCAAGGACCUGGUCGUCCAGCAGCUGGUCAACGUGAGCCGCGGGAACACGUCCGGCGUUCUGGUGGUGCUCACCAAGUUCCUCCGGAGGAGCGAGAACAUGAAGCUCUACGCACUGUGCACCCGGGCCCAGCCCGACGGCCCCUGGCUGAAGUGGACCGACAAGGACUCACUGCUUUUCAUGGUAGAGGAGCCUGGGAGGUUCCUACCUCUCUGGCUGCACAUCCUUCUCAUUACGGUGCUACUGGUGCUGUCCGGCAUAUUUUCUGGCCUCAACCUGGGGCUUAUGGCCCUGGACCCCAUGGAGCUGCGCAUCGUGCAGAACUGUGGCACCGAGAAGGAGAGACGCUAUGCCCGCAAGAUUGAGCCCAUCCGGCGCAAGGGCAACUACCUGCUCUGCUCGCUGCUCCUGGGGAACGUGCUGGUCAACACCUCCCUCACCAUCCUUCUAGACAACCUCAUCGGGUCCGGCCUCAUGGCGGUGGCCUCCUCCACCAUUGGCAUUGUUAUCUUUGGGGAGAUCCUACCUCAGGCCCUGUGCUCCCGACACGGGCUGGCAGUGGGUGCCAACACCAUCGUUCUCACCAAAUUCUUUAUGCUACUCACCUUCCCCCUCAGUUUUCCCAUCAGCAAACUCCUGGACUUUUUUCUGGGCCAGGAGAUUCGUACUGUUUACAACCGGGAGAAGCUGAUGGAGAUGUUGAAGGUGACGGAGCCCUAUAAUGACCUCGUGAAAGAGGAGCUCAAUAUGAUCCAGGGUGCCCUGGAACUACGGACCAAAACCGUGGAGGAUAUCAUGACCCAGCUCCAGGACUGCUUCAUGAUCCGCAGCGAUGCCAUCCUGGACUUCAAUACUAUGUCGGAGAUUAUGGAAAGCGGCUAUACCCGAAUUCCGGUGUUUGAAGACGAGCAGUCCAAUAUUGUAGAUAUUCUCUACAUCAAAGACUUGGCCUUUGUGGACCCCGAUGACUGCACCCCUCUCAAGACUAUCACUCGCUUUUAUAACCACCCGGUGCACUUUGUCUUCCAUGACACCAAGUUGGAUGCCAUGCUGGAGGAGUUCAAGAAGGGGAAGUCCCACCUGGCCAUCGUGCAGAAGGUGAACAACGAGGGUGAGGGCGACCCCUUCUACGAGGUCCUGGGCCUGGUCACCCUGGAGGAUGUGAUCGAGGAGAUCAUCAAGUCAGAGAUCCUGGACGAGUCCGACAUGUACACUGACAACCGAAGCCGGAAGCGGGUGUCUGAGAAGAACAAGCGGGACUUCUCUGCCUUCAAGGAUGCAGAUAACGAGCUCAAAGUAAAAAUCUCCCCACAGCUCCUCCUGGCCGCUCAUCGCUUCCUGGCCACAGAGGUCCCCCAGUUUAGUCCCUCCCUGAUAUCAGAGAAGAUCCUGCUGCGGCUGCUCAAGUACCCAGACGUCAUUCAGGAACUCAAGUUUGACGAGCAUAACAAGUACUAUGCCCGCCAUUAUCUGUACACCCGAAAUAAGCCAGCCGACUACUUCAUCCUCAUCCUGCAGGGGAAGGUGGAGGUGGAGGCAGGGAAGGAGAACAUGAAGUUUGAGACGGGUGCCUUCUCCUACUAUGGGACUAUGGCCCUUACCUCGGUCCCUUCCGCUUCCCGUUCAGCUGCUGGCCCAGUAGGCAACUGUGAGGCCCUGAGGAGCAUGGCCGCGGGUCACACUGCGCGUUCAAGAGCCGCCUCCACAGUUGCUGGCUAAAUAAUAGUCUUGGUCUUUGCUUUCUCCUCUGUGAAAUGGGAACAAUACAUGUACCCACUUCAGGAGAGUACGUGAGGGAAUUGAUGUAAAAUGUUGAGUUAGAGCUCAAUUAUUAUUAUUGCUGGCUUUUUUUGCCUGAUUAUAACGAAAAUGUGGCAUUCCAACCAGAAAGUCUUUCACGAAAGGCCAAUGCCAUAUGCUGCGUCUGGCCCUGGAUGUGUCACGUUCCUGAUACCUGUCCAGGGAGUUGGUGGGAAUAAUGGGGCCGGACUCAUUCAACUUGAGGUUUGCUGGGAUUCCUGCGUGCACCCAGGCUGCAGAGGACACAGUAUGGUGCUGGUCUCAUCAGCUGUGGCCUGUGCCCCUCAGGAGCAGCAUCAGCAUCUUUGAGCGCCUCACACCCCAGUGGCCCUAAACACCCAUCACCUCAGCCUGGGGAUUCCCAUUUGUACAGCUGGUCCUUCUUCCAUCCAAACUGUUCCAAGGCAUACUCUGCUAUUUUGACCCUCUGUUUAAUAAAUAAGUAGAUGAAAAGGUAACUUAGAAGCAGUUACUCCCGGUCCCUUUCAGACCUCCCCGGUGUGAACUCAGUCUCUUUCCCCUCCUCUGUGCUUGCUCUGGUUUCAUGGAUGGCCAGGAGGUGAUACACCGGUGAUUUGAAUCCUGACAUUUUUAUCCACUGUGAGGACAGAGGCAAUUUGCCAUAAGCUUUCUGGUCAGUCUCACAGUGUUCCAUAGAGCAGGUGUGCCUUGAUUGAUUAGUUCUUGCAUAUUUAUGCAAUUUAUGGAGGUCUGUAUUAUAAAUAAUAUCAUGAUACAAACUUUUUUACGCAAAAAAGCAAAAAACUUUUCCUUUGUUUAAGGCUAUGUCCUUAGGAUAUCCUUUCAGCAAUAAAAUUACCAGGUCAAAACCUUGUAGUUUUUGUUUUAUUUAUUUUUUGGGCUGGGCACAGUGGCUUACGCCUGUAAUCCCAGCAAUUUGGAGGCCAAGGCAGGCAGAUCACGAGGUCAAGAGAUAGAGACCAUCCUGGCCAACAUGGUGAAACCCUGUCUCUACUAAAAAUACAAAAAUUAGCUAGGUGUGGUGGCAUGCGCCUGUAUCCCAGCUACUCAGAGGCUGAGGCAGAAGAAUUGCUUGAACCCGGGAGGUGGAGGUUGCAGGGAGCUGAGAUUGCGCCACUGCACUCUGGCCUGGCGACAGAGUGAGAUUCUAUCUGGAAAAAAAAAAGUAAGGUAGCUUAUUGGGAAAAUAGAAAAGUCUUGAGAAAAUUAAAAAGCAUCAUAAGUUCAUCCAUCAGAGACAAAAUGUAUUUUGGUGAAUUUUUUCUAGGACUUCUGUUUUUUGGGUUGUUUCAACAGAUACAUUCUUUCUCUGUCACCCAGGCUGGAGAUCAGUGGUAUAAUCUCUCCAAGAAAGCUGCAGCCUCAGCUUCUUGGGCUCAAGCGAUCCUCCCACCUCAGCCUCCCAAGUAGCUGGGACUACAAGCAGGUGCCACCAUGCUGGGCUAAUGUUUUUAAAAAAACUUCUUGUAGAGAUGGGGGUCUCACUGUGUUGUCCAGGAUGGUCUCAAACUCAUAGGCUCCUCCCACUUCAGCCUCUCAAAGCACUGCGAUUAUAGGGAUGAGUCACUACACCUGGCCGGACCUCUAAUCUUAAUAGAUCAUGUCACUAAUUUGUUUUUGUUUUUGUUUUUGUUUUUCUUUUUGAGAUGGAGUCUUGCUUCAACACCCAGGCCUGAGUGCCGUGGUGUUAUCUCGGCUCACUGCAACCUCUGCUUCCCGGGUUCAAGUGACUCUCCUGCCUCAGCUUCCCAAGUAGCUCGGACUACAGUCGUUCACUACCAUGCCCAGCUUUUUUUUUUUUUGAGAUGGAGUCUCACCCUGUCGCCCAGGCUGGAGUGCAGUGGUGCAAUCUUGGCUCACUGCAGCUUCUGCCUCCUAGGUUCAAGUGAUUCUCCUGCCUCAGUCUCCCAAGUAGCUGGGAUUACAGGUGCAUACCACCAUGCCUGGCUAAUUUUUUGUAUCUUUAGUAGAGAUGGGGUUUCACCAUGUUGGCCAGGCUGAUCUCGAACUCCUGACCUCAUGGUCCACCCGUCUCGGCCUCCCAAAGUGCUGGGAUUAUAGGCGUGAGCCAUCAAACCUGGCCAAAUUUUGUAUUUUUAGUAGAGAUAGGGUUUCGCCAUGUUGGCCAGACUGGUCUUGAACUCCUGACCUUGGGUGAUCCGCCCUCUUAGGUCUCUCAAAGUGCUGGGAUUAUAACUGUGAGCCACCUUACCUGGCCCAUGUCACUGAUUUGUGUUGGUUUUAAAUUCAGUUUCUUGGCCAGGCUUGGUGGCUCAUUCCUGUAAUCCUAGCACUUUGGGAGGCUGAGGCAGGAGGAUCACUUGAGCCCAGGAGUUUGAGACCAGCCUGGGUAACAUAGUUAGACCCUUUCUCUUGUAAAAAUAAAAUAAAUUCAGUCCUGUUUCUAUAAUGUUAGGAAGCAUUAAUUAAAAGCAUUCCAUUAUUCAGAUAGCUAAUAUGAAGUACUAAGUAAUACCCCUCAUAUUUCUGCUUUUUCAAAAACUUAAUCAGAGGUGUUACUCAUUAGAUACUUGCACACAAUCCUCUUAUGAUCCUCUAAAUAUUUCCUGUUCCAUGGGAAUACCACAACCUCAUCAUAGAAUAGCCAGACUAUAGUCUGCUAGCUUUAUAUAUAAAAAUCAAAGCUUUACUUAAGCACGAAGAGUAUUACUCAGUUCACUCUCAGUUAAAAAUUAUAUCUGUCAUUGAGUCACUAGAUUCAGUAUGUUUGUUCUGUUCACUUGGCAAUUUAUUAGAAUGGCUAACUUGGUAACUUAGUAGUUAACUAAGCAAAUCAGCUUAGUCUGUUUCCUGUUUGUUUAAAAGGAUCUUGCAUGCCUUCUCAAUUAACUUCUUUGUGCAUUUCAUGGUUUCCUAAGUGUUCUCAAAAACAAGUUAAUGAUAUACAGUAAUGUACAUCAUUUGAAAAAGCAGUUUCUUUUUCAAAAUAAGAUGUACAUUCCUUCCUUAUUCGAGAUUGUUACUACCAUUUCCCAGUAGGGCAGCCUGUGCUUCCUCUAGUUGCCAGAAGAGGUGUGUACCACCUCCACCCAACUCUGCCUCAUGAGAGGGGAGAAGCGCCUGCUACCCCCUGCCAGGCCAGGCUGGCUGGGAUGCAGGUGGCAGUGAGUAGGACUGUGUUUCAUGCUGAGUAGAUUAAGUGCAGAACAUACUUUUGACUCCAUAAAAGCAUUGUCUUUUUUUUGGAAACAAUGUAGUGGUCCAAUCUUGGCUCAUUACAACCUAGCCUCCCAGGCUCAGGUGAUGCUCCCACCUCAGCCACCCAAGGAGCUGGGGCCACAGGCAAGAGCCACCAUGCCUGGCUAAUUUUUGUAUUUUUUGUAGAGAUGGGGUUUUGCUGUAUUGCCCCCAGUCUGGUCUUGAACUCUGGCUCAAGCAGUCUGCCUCCCAAAAGUGCUAGGAUUACAGGUGUGAGCCACUUUGCCCAGCCCCCCAUAAGAGCAUUUUAAGAUGUGACAGGGCAUCUUAUGUGACGGGUUGUGUAUUCACAAUGUGAGAGUGCAAACUAUACAUUCUUCAUUUCAAUACAUAUUUUUUAUGUGAAGUAUGCAGUUUAUGUCAUUUGACACAACCUGGUAUUGAGACAAGGAUGGCAGUUUGCUUGGGUAUUUUUUUUUUUUUUUUUUUGAGAUGGAGUCUCACUCUGUCACCCAUCCUGGAGUGCAGUGGGGCAAGCUUGGCUCACUGCAACCUCCACCUCCCAGGUUCAAGUGAUUCUCCUGCCUUAACCUCCCAAGUAGCUGGGAUUCCAGGUGUUUCCUACCAUGCCCAGCUAAUUUCUGUAUUUUUAGUAGAGACAGGGUUUCACCAUGUUGGCCAGCCUGGUCUCAAACUUUUGACCUCAAGUGAUCUUCCUGCCUUAGCCUCCCAAAGUGCUAGGAUUACAAAUGUGAGACACCGCUCCUGGCCUAAGGAUGGCAGUUUGUCUGUCCUGCUAAGAUGAUUAUUGUGUUGCUCUUGACUGAUUGGUUGUUGUGGGAAAUUAGAGAUUUUGUAGCCAUAAACUUUGUGUCUGUGGUUUUUCUUUUCUGUUUGGUUGAUGUGUUUUUGUAGACUUUUUACUACUUGCACAACAGUUCUAAACAGACUAAUUCAUUGCUUUAAUCAGGUCACGCCUUCUGCAGUCAGCCCUUCUACAUGCUUCUGUUUGUCCCUAAGAAUGAUUUCCUGUUCCUGGGUGGGGUGACCUUGGGCUUCCACUGGGUGAGGUCAGACAAGAGGGUGAGAGUAGGCACCAGGGUGGCCUUUGGCAUGAC